AUGCCGCGCAUGCCCGAUCAGGGCGUUUUCGCCUCGCCGAGCGCUGUGGCGGCUCAGGGUAAGGAAGAUCUCAUGAGGGACGACGACUUCCAACAUAUCGAGAGAAGGGGGCUCACUUAUUCCACAACCACUGGCUCCAGCUAUGGGUGGUUGCGGCCUAUGGAGAAGGAGCAGUAUUCGGAGAACUUCCAGGAGAUUUUUGACAUCGGCCAGCGCCGGACAAAGUAUAUGGGCGUUCAGUUGCGGCAGGCGCCAUUGCUGGAUAGAUCUAGCUGCAUCUACUCCACAGACUUCGCCCGGAAACCUUUGGGAGAUCAUAUUGAGAACGGGAAGAUGGCCGCCAUCUUCAAAAGCGGCUCGGCCGCCAUCAGAAACAAAUUUCCGACUCCCAGCUCCAAGAGUACAUACGCGGAGGAAGUGUGCCUGCCGCUAACCACAGAGGAGAGGCUUGCCGCCCGAUUGCCCCCCGCCGCAGCUCGAUCGGCGACGAUCGGCGCAAAUGGCGCCAGGUCAGUAUACACCACGUCCUUGGCUCACGAGACCUAUCAGGCACACCCCGAGAUCGGCAUGUCCUUGAGUGCGGCAGACAUCCGGCCGAAAGACUGCUUAGGGGUUGGGAGGAGCAGUACAGCCCCCGCGGAGCCCAUGAAAUCGCUGUACAGCACC